CUGUUUAGUACGGAAUUGUAGAUUGGGCUCUGAUUAUCCACAAGGAGUGUAUGACUAUGGAAAUCACCUCAUGUCAGGUGUAACAUCAAGACAACGUGAGGCAGCAACGAACAUCAAUGAAAUUCAGCAGGAAAGAGGCAGAAGCCAAUCACAUGUCUAUGAGGCCUGUCCCAGAGAACAUCAGUUUAUCAGCAGUGAUCAGGGUGAAAAUGCAAGACAACAUGAAGCAGCCGUAUACAUCAGUGAAAUUAAGCAGGAAGGAAGAAGAAUGCAAUCACCUGUUGGGGCUUGUUCCAGAGAAUAUCAGUAUAUCGACAGUGUUCUGGGAGAUAAGAACUUAUCCAAGGAACAUGGCAAAUUGUCUAUAAUACCUGAACUUGAAGGAGCCCAUUCCAAUAAUGAAGGAUAUCGUGUCAAGACAUUGCCUCCUAACAAUUCAAAAGGACAAAUCAGUGAAAAUGUUUCAGCUGAUGAGUAUGCAAAUGUUGACAGUGCAACAAAUAGAGCCUCAUCCACACCACGUCAUCUUUUAGGUGCAAACAAGAGACAACAUGAAAGGCCAUUGUACAUCAAUGAAAUUCAGCAGGAAGGAAGCAGAAAGCAGCCAUCAGGUCACGAGGCCUGUUCCAGGGAAAAUCAGCAUGUUGAGCCCAUCAUCGUUUAUCAGGGUGAAAAAUGGAGCUGA